ACGUAUGGCGUGAAGAUAGCGCGGAUCCGUCCAGUUCAGUUUGUAUUUCGUGGUGGAGUAGAGGCUUACUGGCUUUUUUGUUACACGACGCGAACAGCACGUGCUGCGUGACAAGUGGUUGCGAAAGAUUCGCGGACGGCUUAUUUACUUUUUAGUCGCUUGAGUUUGGUUCCUUUUGGAUAGAAGAUCAAGUUAUGAAGUCAGGCGUGUUACUACUGACGUUGGCAUUGUUUUGUGGUACUAUCUUGUAUACAGAGGGUUGUUCUUGUAUGCCAAGUCACCCUCAAGAGCAAUUCUGUAAAUCGGAUUUUGUAAUUUUGGCUCGAGUCAAGAGGGAAAGGAUUUUCAACCAAACAUUCUCUAAAGUAUACAAAGUCCGUGUGAGAAAAGAAUUCAAAGUCUCCGAGAAGGGCGUCCUGGCUCUCAAAUCAGGAAGGCUGAACACUCCCAUGUAUGAUUCAAUGUGUGGCGUACAACUGGAACUUGGCAAGCUAUACGUUAUCUCAGGCAGAAUCUUCAGUCUGAGAGCCCACGUGAAUAUGUGCGGCAUGAUCAUGCCCUGGGAAUCGCUGACUAGACGACAGAGGAAGGGCUUGAGACUGUUGUACGGCCACGGCUGUUCCUGUGGAAUACAACACUGCGUUCCCGGGAGAAGAUGCCAUCAUCAGAGGGAUAGCUGCAAUUGGAGGAGCCAUUGCGAGGAGAAAGAGGGCAUAUGCCUCCGACAACCCAAAGCCUGCGUAUGGGCCAGGACUCAAGCUUUGUCCAAAUGCACAAAGGAUUGGCGAAGAACGAUGAAAUUAAAUGCCUACCAUCGCUACAGUAAGCCAAUAUUCGAUCCAUGAACGAUCUGAUCCAGUUUUCAUACCGUUUGGAGAAAAUUAUCUCUUCUAUUGUACAUACGUGUAAAUGUGUUAUUUAAUAUCAGCGAGGAUUUUGGGUACAGAUUUCUAGUUUUUGAUAGAGCAAACGUUUGGGUAUAUGUAUCUUCAAGAGGCGAAUGUGGAAUCAUCAUUGGUAUAUAUUAUAUAGUAUCUAGUAAAUUAAUACUCGUUAUUGGAUUUCUCUAGUGAAACAUUUCCACUUUGCUUAAUUGUAUUACAGAAAAUUAGGCAUAAUUAAGGAGCUUAGAAAUUCUGGAUAUUAUUUCUGGAGGCAGUUGCAUGAGUGCACAAAAAUGUUCUGAACAUUUUGAUUGAUGAGAUUUUCUGAUAAAAUUCACCAGAGUGGAAAUGUUUCACUAUAAAAAUUCAAUAAUGAUUCCAGCUAUUAGGACAACAAUAGUUGAAUAUCACGAUAUGAAAAUGUAAUCAAUAAGUAAUGCAGGCAGUUACAUAAAUCAUUAAUAAUUUUGACAGAUAUUUAAGAAACAUCAUAACUGAUACACGUUAUUUUUUAGCGGACGACAACAUUGUUUAGUUGGUAUAAUGAUCCUUUGGUAUACGACCCUUUGGCAAAAACUCGUCUUUUUUUUCAACAUAAUGUUGCGAAUUGUUACUAAAUGUAUUGUUUGAUUCACAUGUUCAAGACAAAAAUCCCCAUCUGUCUUCAGAGAGAUUUUCUUCAUACACAAAGAAGAAAUAGUUUCUAUUUCAAAAUAGAUGCAUACUAUAUAUAGGUUGCAGAUAAGUCAUGAGAAAUUCGCCCAAUAAAUUGAUGUAAAAUGCUUCACUCUAUAAUGUCGAAUUGGUAUGAUGUAUUGUUUGUUUUUGUUAUUCAAGUUGAACGAAAGAAACUUACCAUAUCACGAUGAUCUGGAUAGUAAGUUUGUUCUAUCAAAGGAAAGUUUUCUCUUCCCAGACGCCUCUGAAGUUGGACGAGAUGUCCAAAAACCCAUGUUUUAUCCUAGAGAAAAAAGUGUGGUUCAAUUCUGUUGGUUCCUGUGAAUCUGAUAUGGUAUUUUUGUUGAAUGUUGUAUUUGUUAUUUAUUUUGUAAGCUUUUAACAUAGUUCAUUAUUUAUAGGAUAACUCAUGAAUUUGAAUUUCUAAAAAUCUGACAUCUUGUAAACAUAUUUUCAUGUAUUCCACUUGCGAAAACUAGUUCAUUUACUCUUUACAAUAAGUAGAUAAUGCAGCAUGCAUGAUUUCUCAAAGUUAUGGACUAAGAAUAAUAAUCCCAUAGAGUAGUUCCAAUUUUGAUUUUUCGAUGUUUCAAUCUUGUAUACUCACCUGGAAGUUGUAAAUGGAGUUUAAGCUGUUGAUACUUGGAACUCCUCCGAACUUCAACGCUAGCAGGAGAUUUUUGUGGUCCUCUCCUGCAUCCUUCAAGUUCUGUCUGACCUAGAACGACAAAGGAAAUACACUGUGCAAAUAAGUUAUUUGCAUAAUGGCCAAAGUUGGAAAUAAGUAGGUCGAGUUUGUAAUAACCCAUCAAAUUGUCGGAGUUGCAAACUUCCGCAGGACCACAGUUGCAGUUACUUCCUUUAAGAUAUAUUUGAAUUCGUCUCUAUGCCGUGGGGUAUUAUUUUGAAAAUACGUAAAGCAGGCAAAGUCUAGGAAAGUUUACAUAUCCGUUUUUAUUUGUUUCCGGAUUUCCAGUUUUGGCAUUUGUAUAUACAUCUAGUUCAUAUUUAUAUAUUAACUUUUUGUAGACGCUUGUAGUAUUUAAACUUAUUUUUGUACCUAAUAAUGAUUGUUCAUUGAAAGUUCAUUGAAUGGAUGUACAAAUAUAUUUUAUUAAUAAAUUGACCCUAUGCAAUUCAGGUCAUUUCA